CAGGUACAACCGUCGGGGUAUAGAACCGGGCGGUAAGGUGGCCAACUACGUGGAAACUGAACAGAUCGUCUCCAUCAUAUGUUCAGACAGCAUACAUAGGGCGUCUUUUGUUCAGGUGCGUGGUUCUGUACCGAUCUUCUGGAGUCAACCGGAAUAUAAAUUCAGACCUCCACCUCGUCUGGAUCGAACUGAAGACGAAUCGCACGCGGCUUUUCGGAAGCAUUUUUCAGAAGAACUGUCGAUAUACAAGAAUGUUUGUAUAGUGAACCUAGUGGAACAACAGGGCAGGGAACGCAUUAUAUGGGAGGCGUACGGCAACCAUGUACUUAGGUACAAUAGUUCUGACGUCAUCUAUGCUACCUUUGACUUUCACGAGUAUUGUCGCGGCAUGCACUAUGAGAACGUGAGUAUUUUAAUCAACGCAUUGUCUGAUGUCAUCGGGGAGAUGCGUUUCUGUUGGCGAGACGACCGCGGCCUCAUAUGUACGCAGAACGGCGUGUUCCGGGUCAAUUGCAUCGACUGUCUCGACAGGACCAAUGUUGUACAGACGGCUAUAGCAAAAUACGUACUGGAGUUACAAUUAUGCCGCCUCGGACUUGGCACUCCGGGCUGUGGCCUCCCUCCCUCCCUGAGACAGGCGUUCCUCACGAUGUGGGCGGAUAAUGGAGAUGUUAUCUCCCGCCAGUAUGCUGGGACUAAGGCGUUGAAGGGUGACUACACGCGAACGGGUGAAAGAAAAUUCACAGGACUAAUGAAGGACGGUGUCGCAUCAGCCAACAGAUAUUACCUGUCGACGUUCAAGGACGCUCUCCGUCAAGUCGCUAUCGACGUGAUGACGGGCGAGUCCCGCAGUAUACCGGACCAGUUGAUCGUGCCCGAGUGCGGGAAAUGUACCUCCGUCAAGGUUCUCAUGUUCAACGACCAAACGGAACCAGACACGGCAGCGAUGGCUCAGCACGUAAAAUCCUUGAUAGACGACUGCAAGAAGUUGCUUGUGGAUACUGAACCAGUGCUUGGAUCCUGGGGACUUAUUGAUGCUGAUCCCAAUACGGGUGACCCUCAUGAGACGGAGAUGGACAGCGUGUUAGUACUAACGAGCUCUGCGUACUACGUAGCGGACUACGACGAGACUUCGGACAGAUUGCUCGGCGUGCAACGUGUCGCCUUAGCUGAUGUCACGCUCAUAGAGCUCGGACCGUUCGAUGCUAAUUGUACUACGUUAUUCAGCGUGGGCCGCAAGAAUACCCCGGAGCCGGUAUACUGCGUGCGCAUCCAUUACUCGUGUAAUGGGGAACCGGGCUACUUCCACAUGUUCCGAUCCACCACGUUGCGGUUCUUCAACAAUAUGGCCGUCGUCAUCAAUACGAGGGACGAGAUGAUUGAAUCCUUGCACUCGAUCUGUGAGUCGCUAAUGGUGGCGCGGGACGUCGCCAAGCUGCCUCCCAUCCCGUUCCAUGACGGAGUCAAGUUGGAGAAGAAGAAAUCUAAAGUACACCCAGGCCAGGCGGGCAACGCUCGGUCCUCAAUAUACCUGGACUUAUCCCGUCUGCCGACACUCACGCGGAAUGUAAGCGAAACACAACUCGUAGCCGACAUCCGAAGUGUUGGAUCAAAAGCCCUGACCAACAUGACAGAGCAAUUUAGUAAGCUGAACAAACUAAGUCAUUCGUUGAACGCACGCGCACGACCUAGUUUACAGUUAAAAUUCGACCAGAGCGCCUCUCGCACCAAGAAGAUCUUUACCCUUGGCCAGAACAAGGACAAUAAGAAAAAAGGCAGCCUCUCUGACGGCAUGAGUUCGGACUACUCGUCCGACGACGAAAACAGAACAAAUAUCUUCGAACCAACCCUGGACAACUUCGAAAAUACGCAGCAUUACAUAGGGAAACCAGCACAGAAGACCGAAACAGACAAUGACUGCGAACUCAUACAAAAUCCAUUGUACUCGUCAAAAAUCGAACCCCAAGAUACACAGGACUUUAUUCCCUCUGAAAUAGUGACCAAUGUCGAGAAGCAAGCUAGUAAAACGCCCAGUAAUGUGAACAAAAUUAAUCCAUUCAACAUUGAAUCGUCGAAGACUCCAGAAAUCCAAGUAGACGGAGCUUUUGCGAAACCUGCUCCUCCGAACUCCUUGAUGCUGGCACAGAAACUGUCUCACAGUUCAAAUGAGUUGAAUUUUGAUGAUAGUCAGUCGGAAGGUGUGAAUUUCCACGUUCGUUCGAACUCCCAACAUGAGAUCACGUUGAAUAUUGCGCAGUCGCAUAGUGAGUCUGCCAUCAGACAGUUCAAGAAUAUCGCCAGCCCUGUAGGAAGCGCCACUAAGGACAUGGUACUCUCACCCUUGACGAAGUUGGCUAAGGGUGUCCAGAAUCUUGGCGCAAAUUUAGACCCGAGGAAGAUCAAGGCCGCUCCAGCAGUAAAACAAGUGACAGAACAACAAUACGAGGAACACAGGAAACUACAAGAAAAAUGGCGCGACUGCAACACUAGACUGGUCGCCCUCUAAUACCAGUGUUGCCAACUACAAACACAGUAUUGCCAGGUGAAAAUUAAACCAGUAUACACAGUGAUUAUAAAUUUAUUUAUUUAUUAUAAUUUAUUACGUGCACAAGUUGAGAGUUUUAGUAAUGUAGACUUAGUCUGCGUUAUUUAGUUUUAUUUGUAUUUAAAAUGUUUUGACACCAUACAGUAUUUAGUGAAAUAAAUGAAUGUAGUUUACUAAUUAACGAUACGAAUAGUUUGCAGGGUUGAAAUGUAAUGUCCUUUAGGAGUUAGGAAGUGAAUUUUAAGAUCUAAUAAUAAUAUACUCAGAUUCUAUGAUAUUUUGAGAACAGCCAAACUUAUAAAGACACCAUUAAAG